GGAAAGAAAUGUGUGUAGAACCGCUGGUAUAAUCCAUGAUUUGUCCAUAUUGGUCCAUAUCGUAUGUCUGUUGGUGAUAAGGCUGAUGGGAGAGGAUAUGGAUAAGAUUAAAUAUAAACCGUUAACUGUAGGCAUUAAUUGUAGCAUAAUCCGCAAUUUGAUAAUGUUAUAAAACUGUGACGAAAAAUACGUGAUAUUGACGUUCGUUUGAAUAGAAAGUGUCGAAUACAACUGUUCCAUUUAUAAUUAAAGUACAUACAUUUUACAUUCCUGAUGGCAAAUGCAACUGAGGGAUCAGAUACAGUAUCUCAUAGACUGCUGUCUAUAGAAUUACAGCAGUGUACCAGAUUAAGUGCCAUAUUAUUUUCUGGUCCAGUAGAGUAUAUUUACAAUCCCUUGGAGUAUGCAUAUGGUAUGCACUCAAAUUUUGUUCAUAAGUUUUGUACAUCAACAAAACAGAUUUUAUUUUUGGGAAUGAACCCUGGCCCAUGGGGAAUGUCACAAACUGGGGUUCCAUUUGGUGAAGUGAAAAUUGUGCAAGAUUGGCUGAAAAUAACUGGUCACAUUGGGCGACCACAAAAGGAGCAUCCAUCCAGACAAGUGUUGGGACUUGAAUGUAAACGCAGCGAGGUGAGCGGGCGAAAAUUUUGGGGUCUAUUCCAGAAUCUCUGCAGGGACCCAGACAUAUUCUUUCAGCAAGCUUUUGUGUACAACUAUUGUCCACUGGCCUUCAUGACGAACAGUGGUAAAAACAUCACUCCAACAGAACUUAAGGCUUCAGAGCGACGGCUACUUAAUGAAAUAUGUGACAAAGCUUUACAUGAUGUUCUUCUCCUGCUUCAAGUGGAGAUGAUUGUAGCUAUUGGAAAGUUUGCUGAAGCAAGGGCUAAUUCAGUUGUCACAGGCACAGAACUUAAAGGCAAAAUAAAAAUUGGUUCCAUUCCACACCCCAGUCCACGGAACUUCUCAUCUAAAAACUGGCCAGAGGAUACUAUCAAGCAGCUCCAUGAACUUGGCAUACUGACCAUCUUGGGUUGCAGAACACACAGUGUAUCCCAGCAGCAAACAUGGUGUACUGGGAAAAAUUAGUUGCUGGUAAAGAAAACUAUACAGCAUAAGCUUAACACAUGACUGAAAUGCGUGCUGUUGCUUCACCAUUCAGAGACGGGUUUUCCAUGGUGGAGGCUUCAUGAGCCUGCUAGAUUUUCAAAAUCUGCAGCAACCAGUAUUCAGAAGUCUUCAUGAAAUGACAUGAUGGAACACACAACCUGUCCCAGAUUAUUGUGAAGAUCAAGCAUGAAUGCAAAGGGCAGUGCAAGAAGAGGCCAUUGUUUUAAUGCAAGAAGUGCAAUAUUGGAGUCACACUCUACUAAAUCAGUAAAGUUAAUGAAAUGGAGAUACAGUGUCAUUAGAAGCAGAUGCAAUUUUAUUAUGUAACAAUUACUUUUCCAUAUAAUAUUAUGUAUAUGAAGUUGUGUCUUUGUAGCUUAUAUGAAAUACAGAAAAUCUUAUGCAAUUAUGUAGUCUGUAUGGUAAAUACAAAAUUAAUAUUUACCACUUUGGUACUAUGUACACCCA